GGAUAGCUCGAGUAGCCAAGCAAAGGUUGUACCGGCACAGCCAUGUACAACCACCUGUGUGUAAGAUACACAAUGGGCGGUGGUGAGUCGUCAAAUCAGUGAUUUCAACAUUUAUAUAUAAAAUGCUUCAAACUUACCACCAACAAAUUAGUCUACUUACAACUUCAAAACAAAACGGAUUAAACACACAUCACUUUUGGCAAGUCAUAGAAAGGAUAUUGAAAACAACUGCUAUUGCCACACACACGCACACACAACAAAAGGAUCUUUACCAAUGUCUCCUUUUACCAUCGUUUUAAGCAUCACACUGUUAGCUGGUUCCCUGCAAGCUGGCGUUAUUGGCGGUCAUUAUGGUGGUCAUUUGAAUGCAAAUGCUGAAUCACAUGACUUUAGUGAGGGUUUAGCUAAAAGUGAAUCCUCUAACUAUGAGUCUUUAGGUUCUUUAGGUGAUCACCUGCAAGAAUCACACUUUCCCUCGGACUAUGGACACGGUGAGGCAUCUUUAGGUGCCAGUGAACACAUUGAAUAUGGUGGCCAUGAACAUUUUUCUCAACAUGAAUCCAUUGGAUCAUACCAUGACAUACACAGUGAUUUACAUGAUUUUGAUACCAAACCAGUUCCGGGCAUUAACCAUGGCAAAGGUGCCUUAAGUUACAGCACCACUUACGAAUUCAAAGAUCCUAAACCAUAAAUCUGGCAAAAAGAAUUCGUGUAAAAUAUGUGUUUUUACAAAAAAGAAAAAACAAAAAAUAUUUAAAGUUUAUUUGCGUUCAAGUGUGUGAUGAUGUUUUCAUUUUGUUUUCCUCUUUUCUAUUUGCAAAACUUUGCUUAAAAUCUGUGUGAGUGUGUUUUUUUUUUUAAUCUUGGUUUAAGCUGUGAUUACGUUCUUCGUACUGAUGAUGAUGAUGAUGGUGGUGUUAAACAAUAGUAAAUUCAUGAAAAACAAAACUAAAAAAUAUAACAAAUAAUUAUUAGACCAAAGAAAGUGUUAUGAAAAACUGUGCGUGCAUGUGGUUUUUCUACUAUUAAGCUGGAAGCUGACGCCACAGCACGUUUAAGGAAGAUUACAACACUAACAACAG